AAUUCCAAAGGAAGCAUAUAUUUUUAAAGAAACCGAAAAAUUGAUUAAUAAUAUUGAAAAGAUAAAUGAAAGUAUAAAUGGGUUAAAAGAAACUAUCAAUAGUAAAAAUAAUGAGGAUAAGAUAAUUGAAGGAAUUAAAAAUUUAGGAAACCGGUUAGAAGUUAAAAUAACUUCGUUAGGACAAGAAACAGAAGCUUACAAAGCAGUAAAAACCCAAUUGAAAGAAACUAAACUUCAAUUAGAAACAAUUCGUAAUCAUUUAACUAAAGAAGCAGAUAAUCAUCAUGAAACAAAAGAGCGAUUAGCAACUACGCAGUGUAAUUUUGAAGAAACAAAACUCCAGUUAGAAACCAUAUGUAACAAUCUAACCGAAGAAGAAGAUAGUCAACGUGAAACAAAGAAGCGAUUAGCAAUCACACAGAAUAAUUUAGAAGAGGCAGAACGCCACUUAGAAACCAUUUGUAAUGAUUUAACCAAAGAGGUAGGUAGGCAUCAUGAAACCAAAGAGCAAUUAGCAACUGCGAAGAAAGUAGUUAGUCAUAUUGAAACCAAAGAGCAAUUAGAGUUUUUCCUGGCAGAAUUAGAUCUUUCUAAUAAAGAUCGAGAACGUCAAUUAGAAUCUAUUAAUAAUAAUUUAACCGAAGCAGCAGUCAGGCAAACCGAAGAGCAAUUUGAACAUUUCCUGAUUAAAAUAAAUCUUGCACAUAAAGAUCUUGAAGAAACUAAACGUCAUUUAACUGAAGAAACAGGUAGACAUCUUGAAACUAAAGAGCAAUUAACUAUUUUGCAGGUUAAAUUAGAUCGUGUCAAUAUCGUACUUGAAGUAUUAAAACUAUUAAGAGAAGGGAAAAGUUACACGGAUCCUCGGCUGCUGGAGUAA